AUGCGGGCGGCGGGCAGCCGGCGCGGGGCGGCGUGGACGCGGGCGCUGCGGGCGCUGCUGCUGCCGCUGCUGCUGGCGGGGCCGGGGCGCGGGCUGGGCCUCCGUGGGCUCUUCCCCUUCGGGCCCGGCCACGGGGACCGGGAGCUGGCGGCGGGGGACGAUGUGGUCUCCCCGGCCCUGGAUCUGCGGGGCCCCGGGCUCCGCUUUUACGACGACUCGGACGUCGCCUCGGUCUACGUCACUACCAAUGGCAUCAUUGCCAUGAGUGAACCACCAGCCAAGGAGUCCCACCCCGGCCUCUUCCCGCCCACCUUCGGCAUGAUCGCUCCCUUCCUGGCCGACUUGGACACCACCGACGGCCUGGGGAAGGUGUACUACCGCGAGGACCAAUCCCCCUCUGCCACUCAGCUGGCGGCCGAGUAUGUCCACAAGGGGUUCCCACAUAGCUCUUUCCAGCCCACGAGUGUGGUGGUCGUUACAUGGGAAUCUGUAGCCCCCUACCAAGAGCCGAGCCCUGCCGGGGAACGCCAGAGAAACACAUUCCAGGCUGCCCUGGCCUCCUCCAAUUCCAGCUCCUAUGCCAUUUUCCUUUAUCCCGAAGAAGGUCUGCAGUUCUUCACAACCUUCUCGAAGAAGGACGAGAAACAAGUGCCUGCCAUGGUUGCGUUCAGUAAAGGCUUAGUGGGGUUCAUUUGGAAGAGCGACGGACCAUAUAACAUAUUUGCUGAUGAUCAAGAAUCCAUUGAAAAUUUGGCCAAGAGCAGCAACUCUGGGCUUCAGGGUGUGUGGGUGUUUGAGAUCGGGAGUGCGGCCACAGCCAGUGGUGUGGUGCCUGCAGACUCGAACCUGGGACCGGACGACGGCACAGAGUAUGUGGAUGAGGAUGAAGAGUACAUCAUAGUGACCCCAUCUCUGGGUCUGGAGGACAUGAGCACAUCUUCCUUUCUCUACGAGACUCUACAGAGGGGGGGUGCUGGCUCUCACAGUGUGCCUAGCGUCCUCUCCUCAGGCCAUGAGGCAACCCAGAGGCCUCCACGCUCCCCCGUGGAGAGGGCCAGGACCAGAUCCUUCCAGUUGCCCGUGGAGAGGUUUCCCCAGCAACAUGUCAUUGAUGUGGAUGAAGUCGAGGAAACAGGCGUUGUGUUCAGCUACAACACGGAUACCCGGCAGACCUGUGCCAACAACAGACACCAGUGCGCCGUGCAGGCUGAGUGCAGGGACUUCGCCACCGGCUUCUGCUGCCGCUGUGUGGCGGGCUACACGGGCAACGGCCGCCAGUGCGUCGCAGAAGGUUCUCCGCAGCGUGUCAACGGUAAGGUGAAGGGAAGGAUCUUCGUGGGCAGCAGCCAGGUGCCCGUGGUUUUCGAGAACACUGACCUCCACUCCUACGUGGUGAUGAACCAGGGACGUUCCUACACUGCCAUCAGCACAAUCCCCCACACCGUGGGCUACUCCCUGCUGCCCCUGGCGCCCAUCGGAGGCAUCAUCGGCUGGAUGUUUGCCGUGGAGCAGGACAGCUUCAAGAAUGGCUUCAGCAUCACUGGGGGCGAAUUCACCCGCCAGGCAGAGGUGACCUUCGUGGGGCACCCAGGAAAGCUGGUCAUCAAGCAGCAGUUCAGUGGAGUGGACGAGCAUGGGCACCUGACCAUUAACACAGAGCUGGAGGGCCGUGUGCCCGAGAUCCCGACCGGCUCCACCGUGCAAAUCGAGCCCUACACGGAGCUCUACCACUACUCCAGCUCAGUGAUCACAUCGUCCUCUACCCGCGAGUACACGGUGACGGCGCCGGGGCAGGACAGCGCUGCGCCUGCGCGUACCCACACCUACCAGUGGCGCCAGACCAUCACCUUCCAAGAGUGCCCGCAUGACCGCGAUACGCAGCCUGCCCUGCCCAGCACCCAGCAGCUCUCGGUGGACAGUGUGUUCGUGCUCUACAACCAGGAGGAGAGGAUCCUGCGCUAUGCCCUCAGCAACUCCAUUGGGCCUGUGAGGGAUGGCUCCCCCGAUGCCCUUCAGAAUCCCUGCUACAUCGGCACGCACGGGUGUGACGCCAACGCUGCGUGCCGCCCCGGCCCCGGGACCCAGUUCCUGUGCGAGUGCUCUGUCGGCUUCCGAGGAGACGGGCAGACCUGCCAUGAUAUUGAUGAAUGUAAGGAACAACCCUCAGUGUGUGGGAGCCAUCAAAUCUGUAACAACCUCCCGGGAACUUUCCGCUGUGAGUGCGUGGAGGGCUACAGCUUUUCAGACAGGGGAACAUGCGUGGCUAUUGUGGACCAGCGGCCCAUCAACUACUGCGAGGCUGGCCUGCAUGACUGCGACAUCCCACAGCGGGCCCAGUGUGUCUACACCGGGGGGACCUCGUACACCUGCUCCUGCCUGCCUGGCUUCUCUGGGGACGGCCGGGCCUGCCAAGAUGUGGACGAAUGCCAGCCAGGCCGAUGUCACCCUGACGCUGUCUGCUACAACUUGCCAGGAUCCUUCACAUGCCGCUGCAAACCUGGCUACCAGGGAGAUGGCUUCCGAUGCGAGCCCGGAGAGGCGGAGAAGACGCGGUGCCAGCAUGAGCGCGAGCGCCUCCUGGGCGCCGCGGCGGGGGGAGCGGACGUGCAGCGGCCCCAGCUGCCGGGGGUGUUUGUCCCCGAGUGUGAUGAGCAUGGCCAGUAUGUGCCCACCCAGUGCCACAGCAGCACGGGCUACUGCUGGUGCGUGGAUCGCGAAGGCCGCGAGCUGGAGGGCACCAGGACCAGGCCCGGGAUGAGGCCCCCGUGUCUGAGUACGGUGCCUCCUCCCAUUCACCAGAGGCCUGCUCUGCCCACCGCCGUCACACCCCUGCCCCCCGGGACCCACCUGCUCUUUGCCCAGGCUGGGAAGAUCGGGCACCUGCCUCUGGAGGGCAGCAGCAUGAAGAAGGAGGAAGCCAAGACGCUGCUGCAUGUCCCGGAGAAAGUCAUCAUUGGACUGGCCUUUGACUGUGUGGAUAAGAUGGUCUACUGGACAGACAUCUCCGAGCCUUCCAUUGGCAGAGCGAGCCUGCAUGGUGGAGAGCCCACCACCAUCAUUAGACAAGAUCUGGGAAGUCCGGAGGGCCUUGCUGUGGACCAUCUUGGCCGGAACCUGUUCUGGACGGAUUCUUACCUGGACCGGAUAGAAGUCUCCAAGCUGGAUGGCACUCAACGCCGGGUGCUGUUCGAGACGCAUUUGGUGAAUCCCAGGGGCAUCGUGGUGGACCCCGUGAGAGGGAACCUUUACUGGACAGACUGGGACAGAGAUAAUCCCAAAAUCGAAACUUCCUACAUGGAUGGCAGGAACCGCAGGAUCCUCGCGCAGGACAAUCUGGGCCUGCCCAACGGCCUGACCUUCGACCCCUUCUCAUCUCAGCUCUGUUGGGUGGACGCAGGCACCCAUCGGGCAGAGUGCCUGCACCCGGAGCGGCCCGGCAGCCACAGGGCCCUCGAAGGCCUCCAGUACCCUUUCGCUGUGACCAGCCACGGGAAGAAUCUCUAUUACACAGACUGGAAGACGAAUUCUGUGAUAGCCGUGGACCUCGCCAUUUCCAAAGAGACUGACGCCUUCCACCCCCACAAGCAGACGCGGCCUUAUGGCAUCACCAUGGCCCUAGCGCAGUGUCCCCAAGGCCACAACUACUGCUCUGUGAACAAUGGUGGCUGCACCCACCUCUGCCUGGCCACCCCGGGGAGCAGGACCUGCAGCUGCCCGGACAACACUGUGGGCGUCGACUGUAUCGAGCGGAAGUGAAGACGGAGUGCCUUGUCUCCUCACCAAGUGUUUCAUGCCACACCCCACGUGAGGACACUUGGUCUGGACCAGAAACUGCCCUGCAGCAGAGAGACCACUAGGCCCAGCCUGGGCCCAACAGCCUUCCCCCCACCCCUCCUCAUUGGGUGUCCCCGCCCCCAUGUGAGGGCCAGACUCCAAUGAUCACACAAGCUUCUGGAGUCUGGAGUGAACGUGAUGCACCGGCUCCUGCGUCCUCACACACGCCCCCUCCUGGCUGCCCUCCACGGACCACAUGCAUCCUUUCCGGUGCCUUCUGGUGCCUUCUGGGCUCAGCUUUUAUGCUAAUGCACUCACCAGCCCAGUAGCUCAGCAUAAAAGCCAGGGCCUGCCUUGACAAGGCAGUGAAGGAGGGCACUACCCUUCCGGGACUCUGUUGGUGCUGGUUUCCCUGUACUCCCAGCCUUCUACCCCAUACACCUCCAUCCUUUCUGGAUCCCUGCCGCGGAAUGCCUGGCCUUUCCAUCGCGCCCCGCCCCGCCCUGUCCUCCUGAUGUCACCCCUCAGAUAGACUAUUGGGAUUUCAGUGGAAUGCUUAGAUUGUUAAAGGCUUAAGUCAAAGAAGGAGGAAGUUAAGUCGAAGCAAUGUUAAGAUACAGAGGAAGAUGUCUGAGCCUAGGGCACCGUUUUUAUACAGCUUAAAUUAUGCCAAACAUUACCGAGUGCUUCCCCUUUGCCCAGAGCACCUGCAUCUCGGCAUGUGGUGUCCGGUGCCUGCUCUUGGCACCCAUGUCCAGCCUCCUCGUGGGGGCCAUCCGCGGUGGCCUGCUACCUUGCCCUCCCCACCCUCCCCUCCCGGGCCUUGUGUCUGAGAACACUUUUAGACAUGAACUUGCUUUUUCAUUGACCCCUCUAGCUUGGCCAUUGUUGGCAGUUUUUGUUGUUGUUGUUUUUUUUAAUCUAAAGAUACAGUCCAGAAAGUUCUAAUUGAGCAUUUCUCCUGAUGCUCUAGACCUUUGCUCAUUGGGCUAAUUCAGGGGACCGUGUUGGUAUGGUCACAGGGGUGUUUCUAGAACUGACCUUUCUGGUUGCUUCCCAGAGUCUUAAGCCAGUGGAGAUGGUGGAUUGAAAGCUGAGGAGUUUCGGUCAGUAGAACGUGGGGGUGAGGAAGUGCAGAAGCUUUAGUGUGAGCUUCACAGAGAGACUGAUGGAGAACAGGGGUGGAAAACCUGGAGGAAGGAGGGAGGAAAUCCUGAAAUAACCCCAGAGAUGAGCCAGUCCAUUGCACUGAAGAAUGCUUAUGAAUGAAGAAUUUCCCUGGUUCGGGUGGAGAGCCCCCCCUCCACUGCCGGCCCCCCACACUCAGCCUCUCCAUCGCCCCUGCUUUCGCCUUUCUCUCCCAUGCUCAGGAGGACCUGAGCACCUGGAAGACAAUCUUACCUUACAGGAUUGGAAGCUGUUCUGAGAGACAACUGUACCCCCAAGAAUCACGAGAGUUGGGGAACAUGUGGGUCUUGUAUGUAGCCAGCCCCUUGACUUUCACUUUUUUUUUUUUGGUAUUUAUCAUUUACAUAUCAAGCUCUCUAUAACAAGUACUGACCCCCAUGUAUAGUUUUUGUGGCUGUUUUUAUUCUUGUUACUAGGUUCAUCUUAAGAUGUUUUACAUAAGUUCUGAAGCUGUGGAAACCACUGAAGGUGCUUAUUAACUGUCCCUCACAUUUAUACAGAUACCAGGUGAUACAUCUGUACAAAGAGCAGUGCAGAAAUUUUUUAAAAUGUUUCAAAGAAAAAUCGUGAAUAAUUCUGUUUUCAAUAGGAUUUCAUAAACCUAAGUACAUAAAAA